AUGCUGGCCAAUCGUUGCGACGAAAAACCUGUUUGGGUUUAUAUUAUAUUUCGAAAGAAUCAUUGCAGUGGGCAUGAAAAAAUGACAGUCAAUAUGAGUUUUGAUGGUCCCGUUUUUUGGAAUCGUCAAGUCGCUUAUAUUUAUUGUUGCAGUUGCCAUUUUGUCGAACAUGAAGGACCAAUGAUGGUGUUUAUGAAAAAACUGGAGCAUUGUGUGGAACGAAUUUGCAUUGUAGAUAAACCUGUCGAUUAUCCGUUUCUUCCCGAUAGUUUAUUCUCAUAUAUAGCUAAAUGUAUGCCACGAUUACAAUUCAUUUAUCUCCGGGAAAUCGAUCUAGAAAAAAUAAAUCGAGGUACAGUGGUGGAACUGGCUGGGCAUCCUCAACUUAAAAAAGUGAUAGUUCAUGGAUGUCGAAAUUACGAAGUAUUCCAAGAUUUCAAAAAUUUGCCUCAAUUGCUAGAGGUCAAAGGUGAUAUCAUUGGGCUAAAGGUACACAUUUUCAAAUUGCGUGAUGAAAAUGUGCAAACAUUUUCUGCGACGAAAAUUUGUAGAAAAAAACUAUUUUUAAUGUUAAAACUAUUUUUAAUGUUAUGA